ACUUUCCUGCGAACAUUCCUGGAUAGAGGAGUUGGCCUAAAACUUGGGCACAGAAAACUUAUCAGUAAAGAACCGUUAUAAUUUAAUUUCCGCGAUAUUGUCGACAAUUCAAUUUUGAGGCCUUUGUGUUAGUGUUAGAGUGUGAGUGUGCGUGUGUGUGUGUCCGGGUGUGUGCAAUAUUUCUAUCUAUAUUGCACUUUGCGUUGGACAAAGCGAAACAAAAACCAAUUAACAAAGACUUAUCAGGACACAAAAAGAACAGGAACAAUGCAGGCGGUGCACAAAAUUGCACAAACCAACCAUGGAAAAUCUAUGAUGCUGAUACUCUCCAUGUUGCUACUCAAUGCCGCCUUCGAAAUGCGCUCAUUUGGUGUGAGUGCUGCCGAGGAUGAUGGCACUGGCAAUGUAUCGCCCUGUGAGCUGGAGUCGAUAAUAAAUCAGUUGAUGAAUCCCAGUCCGGAAUAUCAGUUACAUGCCUCUGCAUUGCGUAAUCAAUUGAAAAAGCUGCUCCGUGAACGUCAGCAAUCUGUGGGCGAAGAGCAACUUCUGGGUGAUGGCUAUAUGGAGGAGGACAAACGUUCAGUAUCUUCUUUGGCAGCUCAGGGAUUACUUAAUCCACCCAAGCGUAGUCUGGCCACAUUGGCAAAGAAUGGACAACUGCCAACAGUAGAGCCGGGUGAGGAUUAUGUUGAUGCCGAUUCGGGUGAACCAAGUUCCGAGCAAAAGCGUUAUAUCGGUUCCUUGGCUCGUGCUGGCGGUCUAAUGACCUAUGGCAAACGAAAUGUUGGUACUUUAGCUAGGGACUUCCAAUUGCCCACUGGGAAGCGUAAUUUGGCCAUGUUGGCUCGCCUCCAGAGUGCCCCGACCAGUCAUCGAGAGCAACCGAAACGUAAUGUGGCCGCUGUGGCCAGAUAUAACUCCCAGCAGCAUCAUAAUCAACGUGGAGCAUCUGCCGAAAAGCGUAAUUUGGGUGCUCUGAAAUCAUCGCCUGUCCAUGGUGCCCAACAGAAACGUGAAGAUGAGGAGAUUCUAUUGCCAGCCGCUGCUCCAGACUAUGCUGAUCCCAUGCAAAGCUAUUGGUGGUAUCCAAGCUAUGCUGGCUAUGCUGAUCUCGAUUGGAAUGAUUAUCGUCGGGCUGAGAAACGUUUCCUAGAUACCUCUAAGGAUCCUGAAUUAUUUGGUAUUGAACAUGGCUAUGAUGCCACCGCCAUCAGUGAAGAACCUUUGGCGGCAGCGGCAAGAGAGGAGAAGGAGGAGGAGGAGGAACAACUUGAAUUGCAGCAACCAUUACCGCAAAAACGUCAUAUUGGGGCCGUCUAUCGAUCCGGUUUUCUGCCCAGUUAUCGUUAUCUACGUAGCCCCACUGUAACCGGCAGCUAUGGCGGAGCUGGCGGGCGUUUUAGUCGCUCGGGACGUGAUGCCAGGCAAUUUGUCGGAUAUUAUUACCCCCAACAAGAGCGACUGCGUCAACCAAUCGCAGCCGUUUGUAAACGAUGUUUUCUACCCAAUCAACCGAUGAUCAACUGGAACAGUGCUGCCGGCAUACGCGGUCGUUUGCCCAACAAAUAUAAUACAAAUACUAAUUAUCCGGAAUCUGAGGAUAGCUGGCGCAGUAUUAACACCAAUUCACUGCCAACGAAUCGAGCCCAAAUGCGCUCUGGUCUAACAACAUCGCGCACCUAUCCGCCCUUUCAUUCGUGGGGCACUCCACCGCGUAUUACGGCACUCUUGCAUCGGCGUGAACUACGUGGCAACAACAUGGACAAUUUUGAAUGAACAGACAAUAUCUUAACUACUUAAAAAAAAAACAAAAACAAAAAACCAAAAAAAAAAAAAACACAUACCAACUAUAAUGUUAAUUAAAUGGCUAAAUUAUCUAAAAAGAAAAGAAAACUAUGAACAUGAUAAACGACUUAAUCGUUAUACUGUAUUUGCAAACUAGUGACAUGCACACACUAUUGGAAGAGAAAAAACAAAACACUUCUUAGUCACACACACACCUGUAGCACAACCAGCAAAAGAAGCCCCCCCAAAAAAAAAAAGAAAAGGGGGCAACUGCGAGUGCCAAUUCAAUACGUAUCUGUAUCUAUAUAUCUAAAAACAAUUUACAUAUAAAAAUAUAUAUAUUUAAUUGUCUGUAAAAAUAAUUACUCAAGUAACUGAUAUCAGUGCAAAACAAAAAAAAAUAUCAAAAAAAUCUAUAUAUCAUAUCACCCAGUUUAUGAUUUACUUUGUCAAGAAAGGAAAACUCAAACAAAAUCAAAGCCAAUGUCGUACCUUAGCAAAGUGAAAAUAAAGGAGAAAAGUUUUCAAAACCCCGCCCGAAACCCAAUUCCCCCCCAAUUCUCUCUCCCCCUUAAAUUGUGUGAAUUAUCAAUAAAAUAUGAUGACAAUAAUUAUUAUAAUUCAUAA